AUGAAAGUAGCGUCGGUCACGAAGAAAUUUUGGCGACCAUUCACUUCACCACGAAAUUUUCUCCAAACGGUCGCCUCCUUCAUGCCGAUUAUCCUCUGGCUGCCUCGGUAUCCAUUCAAAACGGAUCUUCUCCAUGACUUCAUAGGAGGUCUCACAGUUGGGAUCAUGCACGUACCCCAAGGUAUCGCCUACGCACUGCUAGCCGGUGUUGAUCCAGUAGUUGGUCUUUAUACUUCAUUCUUUCCUGUGUUAUCGUAUAUGCUCUUCGGCACUUCACGACAUUGCUCAACAGGGACUUUCGCUGUGGUUGCGCUGAUGGCUGGUAAAGCGGUGCAUCGGCUCACAGAACCACAAGACACCUUAUCCAGUAUGCUGGGGAAUUUCACUGAGCCUGCAGCAACACCUACGCCUAAUCAAGUCGCCGCGGCUCUGACUGUGCUCAUUGGUAUCAUCCAGGUACUGGUAGCGGUAUUCGGCCUCGAUUUUGUCACGACGUACUUCUCAGAUGAAGUUGUUGCUGGGUUCACAACUGGGGCUUCUGCUCACGUUUUCAUCACGCAGCUCAAGGAUGUCUUUGGACUUACCGGACUUCCACGACGGGAUGGCGUGGCGAAUGCAAUUCUGAAGCUAUAUGAUCUCUGUGCUGGCAUAGGAAGAACGAAUUUGGUCACUCUUGGGUUGUCAGCGUUGACGAUUCUCAUGCUUCUGCUUGGAAAGCAUGUGGUGAACCCUUUCGUGAAGAAGCGUCUUCAUUGUCCGGUGCCUUUUCCCAUGGAACUCAUCGCUGUCGUCGUCGGGACAUUGAUAUCUAAUUUUGCUCAUCUCAAGUCUAACUUUGGUGUCUCAACCGUCGGAAAAAUCCCUGAAGGCCUGCCAGCUCCGCUUUUGCCUCAUUUCGAACUGAUGCCAUCGCUUGUCGUUGAUGCGAUCUCGAUAUCCGUUGUGGUAAUGGCUAUACACGUCUCUCUUGCCAAAAUACUUGCGAAGAAGUACCAAUAUGAAAUCGAUACCAACCAGGAGUUCUAUGCAAUGGGCUUUGCGUCGUUGUUGAGUGGAUUCUUUCCGGUUUUUCCAAACUCCUGCAGUCUUUCUCGAACCAUGGUCAGCGCUGGAGCUGGAACUAGAUCUCAG